AUGAAGUUGAUGCUGCAAGAAGAACACACAGUAGAAACAAUAGGAGACGCCUACAUGGUGGCUUCGGGACUGCCACUUCAGAAUGGACGACGCCACGCAGGUGAGGUGGCCACAGUGGCUCUCGACCUCCUUAGUGCCCUAGCCCUAACCCUAAUUGCAAGGUUUUGA